AUGGUGCUCGACGGCCUUGCCUACCUCGGUCUUUUGCUUGAUGGUCAAUUCAACAUCAAGAGGGACAUCCUGAAAGACACGAAGCCGUUCUGGGAAUGUCAAAAACCAUUCCUCAAACACUGGCUCCCAAAAUCCAGUAUAGUUGUGCUUUGCUUGACACGCUUGGUAUUUGGCAGCAUGCAACUAAAAGAAUUUCUCUUCCUCAGCGGUAGCCCACUUUCGCGGUGCCAUCUAAUAUUCAAGUCCAAGAUGUCGUAUCUUGAAGUGGGUGUUAGUGAUUACAGCUUUGGUGAACGCAAGAAUUGGAAGUCUGUAGGUUAUAGCUUGAGUUUCAUCAGUACAAUCUGCAUUGCAAUUGAGUGGCUUGUAACUCUAUUACAGCUCGAGUUUUAUCAGUACAGCUUUGGUGAAUGUGAGAAGUCCAUGUUCACGGUGUGCGUUGCGAUCGAGUGGCUUGUAACUUUAUCUGCAUUGCAAGAUGGUAGAUCACUAAAAUCAUACCACAUCCUCCUAUUCAUAAAACACUUGAGGAAAAACUGCAAGCAGGUCGUGAAAAACAAUGACACCAUUAUGCCAAAUGGUGAUGAGUCAGAGACAGGCAGUUCCAGCGACAUUGAGGAGAAUAAUGACCCACUCAUGUCUACUCAUGCUCAAAGAGAAAUGCUGUCUUUGAUUACUGAACCUCGUGCAUUUGCUGAGGGCGCCUUGCUUCAAUAUGUCAACAGCAUCGUGUAUACAGAUGACCGUGCCAAUAAUGUCACGGUCCAAGGCUUGCUCAACCACUCCAUCCCUGUUCAAGAUGAAAUCCUCAAUUACUGUGGUGUCUUGGCCAAGUUUCGUGCUGCUGACACGGUCACUCGUUACCUCAGUACCACCCUUGCAUACUUGGAGGAUAUUGACUUUUUCAUCAACGUGGAGGGAGCUUCUGAGCUAGGUUCUCUAUCCUCGCAAACAACAUUCGUGGUAUCUCAACUUGGCGCCGUGCAAUCAAGUUCUGAACCAUUAUUUGAUGCCUGGGAGGAGACACUGCCAAAAUGGUCCUCAUACCUAGAUGAGAUGAUCCGUCUAGAGGGCCGUGGUGAUGAAAUUGCUUGGGAGACAUGCAGUUGCAAGGGUGAAGAACCUUUACUUUACCGCUGCCGGGAUUGCUUUGGAGCAGAAAUGUGGCGUGGCACAUUUUUCGUGCAAACCUCUUUGAAGCUGCUCGGCUUGCGCAUCCAACUGAGUCACAAUCCGGGAGAGAAGUGUUAUAAUCCUGAACCUGCCGCUGGCGAUGAUUUCGUUGUUGUAGACAUCCACGGUAUCUAUGAAAUUGGCCUCAACUUUUGCAGCUGUGAAACGGCCCAAAUCCAUUACAAGCAACUUAUUCGUGCUCGAUGGUUUCCAGCUACUGCAAUAAAUCCUCAAACUGCCACCACAUUCGCACUCAUGGAGUUCUUCGACCUCCUCGCAUUUGAAUCAAAGGUCUCCGCAUAUGAAUUAUAUCACAGUAUUGCUAGAUGGACAGAUAACACCAUCACCACACCAAUUAGGGAUCAUUAUUCAGCAUUUAUGUGCUCAAACGAGCAGGAAGAGGUCACAAUCCCAGCGGUGUGGAUGCAACUUCUGCUGGUGAAUGCGCUGUACUCUGUCCAGCAUGCCCUCACCCUGGAAAAAAUUUACCCAUGGGCUGGGAACAUGCAUCACACAAUACCAGGUAUGUUCGGAUGCACAGUUAUUGCUGGGUGUUCGCCAAUAAUAUUCAUUAGAUGGAAGUACGCUCUUUUCCUGGCCAUUGAUGCCAAUUUUUGGCUUAAGCGGAAGUUUGUCUCAAGCGACAAUGUUGAUCCAAGUCUCAAUGCCGGCUCAUGCUACUUUGUUGAAGAGACUGCAUACAAACAAUAUCUGAGCGAACGUGGUUGUGAGCCACAGGAGAAAAGCACAUGUGUCAGUCACAACGCCGUGAACAUGGCUGACACAAAGUCAUCAAGGGGUCUUGCAACCAUGGGCAUUGGGACCGUGGACUGUGCAAGGCAUGAUAUGAAACUUCCUAAUGGAGUUGGUGAUUUGCAGAAAGGUGAAAAUGAUGCAUUCUCAUUCAACUUUGGGAAGAAUGUUGGAUGUACAGACGGAGAAGCACCUGAGAGAGGGUGGGCAAACAUUAAUCAUGUGGCAUCAAACACCAAAGAAAUGGGGCCAGGAGCACGCUGUGAUACUUUGGAUGACCAUUUUUCGGACUGGAAUUGGAAAAAAGUCACCAUGCUCGGUCAAAGCAUGCUCCACAAAGUCAAAGAAGCCUCAAGGAGAGCUAAGCUUCAUCAAGAAGAACUCAACGAACUUCAACAAUCGAUUCCAGCAUCAUCGCUCUCUGUGUGGAAGUCGGAAAUUGAGGCAUGGGAGGAGGACAACACACAGCCCAACCCGUUCGAGAGCAGGGUAAUUCCUAUGACUCAAGCUGCUAUAUGCCGCCAGCUGGCCGAGAAGGAGGCUGCAGACUUACAAGCUGGCAUAGAUGUCUCAUUACAUGCCAAUAUUUCUCCAAGUGUCCUCAUCGCAUCAGGCAUUGACCUACAGGAUCAGCAGUAA